AUGAGAAGAGAGAAUUACAGGAGACCCUCCAUUCCUAUCAUUACUCCUCCUCCUUGGCUGUGGAACCCUAAAUUCAACUCCGAAACUUCAGGGCCCAGAGAGUUGAAGAAAGAAGAGCUGAUUUCUGAACUUCUUAAUCUUCAUCCAGCACAUGCUGUCCCUUAUUCAGGCGUUCAUAGAUACUGGCACAAUGAGCCAAAUAUCAUCCGAGAUAAUGGAGAGUUAUCAGAAUGGUUAGUCAAGAAAACCCAUGAGUCUAACAAAGGUGUCGAGAUAGGGGAGAGGCCGACAACCUUGACUAAGUGCCAUAAAAAUGACACUGGAUGUGCCUUAAAUCCUGUCCAUGAGUUGGAUCAUAUGAUUUCCUCUCCUCAGCAGCAGAUUUACAGGAGGCUCUCAAACAUUCAUUCUGUGCCAGGUCAGUCAUUUGUCGGAAUACAAAGGUCGAAGUCAAGACAAAAGGCUCUAGAACUUCGUGAAAGUGCAAAAGCAACAUCUAAAAAUCGUUUUGGUGAUGGGAAUGAAACCAAUGUUUCUUCUAAUGGGAUCAGACUGGAAAAAGGAGAAUGCCUUAUCAAGGAAAAGGAUGAUAUCAUUUUUCGUGGUAGAGGUUCUUGCAAUCUGUCUAGUCGUGACGGUAAUUCUUCUGAUUUGGCCAAGGGAAUUGGUGCUCAAAUGACAUGGUCAGAAAGCAAAGGAGUAUUGAAGCCUAUUCAUUUAUCUGAUACUACCAGCCAAAGAGUUACACGGUCAAAAUCCGGUACUUCUAAAAAGUCUCUACUCAUUAACUCGUUAGACAGGUCGGGAAAGCCUGUGCAGAAUCUGUCCAGCAAUGAAGUAGUCCAUCAUUGCCCUGACACUGAUGCUAUUGUCCACCAGGAAGGAAAAGUUGAUUGUGACUCAGAAACUGCACUUACUGACUUUGAUGUGAAAAAAUGCAGGCCGGACAAACCAACGGGAAAAGGAUUUGGUACUUCAGUUGCGUCUCCCACAUCACUAGAUAAAUUAGUUGUUGAGUACCCUUCUAGAAAAUCUUUGAAGAAGCAACCAAUAGAGCAAGGGGUCUCAAAAAGAUCAACAACAGCUCAGAGGGUUUCUUCUGUAGCCCAUAUGGAAGAGUGCCUUGAAGUUUAUGAAGAGGUAUCAAAAUCAGAAGUUAAUAAGAAUCUUAAGAAUGCUCAAGCUCAUUCAGAUGCUGUUUUAGAAAUUCAACACUUACCUGUUUCUCAUGGGGGAGAUAUUUCGGUAUCUAAUGUUGAUAUGAGACUGGAUAUAGAAAUGCAUCAAAAAGUGGAAAGUCAUACGAAGGAAGCAUUUGAAUAUUCACCUGAGCAACAAGUUAAAGAGGGUAGACAUGGCUAUUCCGGAGGGGAUAGAAGUGAGGCAAUUCCUUCCAGGCUCGAACACCAACAUUAGUGCCAUCCCUUGUCUCGAGUUUGAACAAAGACUCAACUGGAGAUCAAGGCUGCCUGGUUGGGGAGGUGGUAAUCACAGAUCCCAGUAGCACUGUUCUUGAAGUAAGGCAGUGCAGUGUAGAAGAUAACCGAGACUUGAUUUGUGCUGGAAAUGAAUUUGGAAAGGGAGCAUUGGGUAGUUUGGAUGGUAGUGAGAGAACCCCGAUGGAAAGGAAAACACACGAAGGAGAUGAUGGCUUAUUAGCAUGUGGUUCAGCUGGUUCUCCAUGCCGCGAGGAUGGGAAUUUUGGUUCUUCUGGAAUGAUAGAUGGACAUUUAGAGAAGUCGUUAGCGUCGGGAAGAUGCUUGAGGUCUGUCACUGAGGAUUCCUGGCCUCAGUUUGAGAGGAGAAAGAUUGAUGGAGAACAAACUAAUUGCUUUUCUGCUUCUCCCAGCUUUAGGGUGAAAGAGACUCACAGUACUGGAGGGCACGCCAUGAGUGGACACUUGAAGAAAGUUGGAUGUAAUGUUGAAUCUGUUUUAUGAUUUCAACAUUUUCCAGAGUCCCAUGAGGAGGAUGUAGCACGAUCCAAUGCUGAUAAGAGUCCCAAUGUGGAAACGCACCAGAAUGUACACUACCAUUUGGCACAAGUAAUUGAGACUUCACCCGAGCUCCAACUUGAACAGGAUGAAAUAGACUCUGAAUGGAGAUAUAAGAUUACAAACACCUCUUCAACAUCCGAGUGUGGAAAUUUAGGGACGUCCUUUGUCUCAAUUGUGACCAAAGAGGAAGCUAGAGGCUCCCAUGGUUGCUCCACUGAAAAUGUGGAAGAAGCGGAUACUAGCAUUGUUCAUGAUGUAUGGAAACAGUGCGAUCAACAGAACUUCAAGAAAUUGGUGCUUUCUGAGAAUACUGUUGUCACGGAAUAUGAGGAUGACUUGGCUCAUACAGAGAGCAUACUGCAGGAAACAAAACCUCAAUUUAAAAGUGAUUGCUUAUAUUAUAAUUGGGCUGUGUCUCCACAAAACCAGCAACUGGCCUCUAUUGGUUUUGAUCAGACUGGGUCCCAGAUUGAGGGGUUCACAAUUGACGCUGAGGAGAAUGAACAACCACAUGGAAUUUCUAACAUCUUUGACAAAUUUAACCUUCCAAGUACCACAAUAGAACGUGCUAGUGUUCUGGAACAGCUUUGCAAAACUGUUAGCUCGGAUACCCCCCUGUCUCAAUUUUCAACUACAACUACAUUGAAACAGCAUGGAACACCAGGCUUGUACCAGUCUCUACCGAAUGGACUGACAAAAUGUUUUGCCAAGGGGUGUCAUAUCCUCGUUAUGGUUGGAGUUCAGCAAAACCUUAUACGUCUCCUGUAGGAAAUCUCUGGGACCGCAAUUCAAAAUCCAGUAGUUUGGAGAAGCAACGGAGCUUAAACACAGAGCUUACAUGCUAUCCAAUUGAGGAAGAUCACAGCGUUGGCGGAGAGAAUGAGAAUAUAGAUGGGGCAGCCGACACUUCCGAAGAAGACAUUUGCUCAACUCUGGAGACUUGUGGUGCCAAAAGAGAACCACUUGCUGAGAUAACAGAAGCACGUGAAGAUUGUCCUACAUCUGUUUCGGCAGUAGAGAACUCUCCUGAUAGAACUAGUUUAGAAUCUGUUCUCACUGAAGUCAGCUUCACUGAGACUCAUGGUAGGGUUGACCAGAAGCAUGGAAAUUGCUACAGCAAUAAGAGGAGAUGUAAAAAUGAGGCAGUGGAGAACCAUACUUCAUCAAUAAGUACAAACCGUGUUAAGAAGGCUACUUAGG